GCCUUGGCAGAUGAUGCUGGAAAGAUGGGAUUCCCGGCAGCCUUUGCAUCUGUUGCUCACAGCCCACGAGCAUCUCCACCAUCCAGCAGAGGAACAAAGAGGCACCAUUCCACUAUUCCAGGGGAGGUGCUAAAUACGAGGGUGAGGCUGUCAAGCGGUCCCUGGUGGAGUCCUACACUCACCCAAACAGCAACGAGACAGAGCAGAGGGGAACAUCGAUACUGUCAUAAACUGGUUCACCUAGGAAGACUUUGACUUUGUGACUCUGUGCUACAGAGAGCCAGAUAACGUGGGACAUCGAUUCGGGCCAGAGGCAGAGAACAGGAAGUUGAUGAUUCAGCAAAUCGACAGGACCAUCGGGUAUCUGGUGGGAGCCACUGAGAAGCACAGCCUGCAGAGCACCUCAGCAUCAUCAUCACAUGAGACCAUGGGAUGACCACCGUGAAGAAGAGACCCAAUGUCAACAAGAUCCCUUGUCCAACUACAUCAAGUUCAGGAACUUGGUCAAGUUUGAUAUUGUGGGCUACGGUGGCUUUGUGAUGCCCCUACCCAAAUUGGGGCAAGAGGAAACCCUUUACCAGGCACUGAAGAAUGCGUACCCUCACCUCCACAUCUUCAAGAAGGAGGAGUUUCCAGAGCAUUUCCAUCUCGCUAAACAUGACCAGGUCCUGCCAAUUGUGAUGUAUGCCAACUCUGGUUACAGUAUCAAUGGGAGAAUUAUAAUGUGUUUCAACAAAGGCAGCCGUGGCUUUGAUAAUGUCCUCAUGGAUAUGAGACCAUAUUCAGAGCUUUCGGGCCAGAUUUCAAGAGGAAUCGCUUGGCCGAGCCUUUUAACGGCAUCCACAUCUACCCAUUCAUGUGUAAGCUCCUGGGAGUCACCCCCAAACCCACAACAUCUCCCUGGCAGUCACCCAGGAAAUGCUCGUGAACUCCUAUGUCCAGCAGCCAGGCAGAGAGCUGAUCAAAACAGCAAAAGCAAAGCAGUGCCCCUGGCCCAGUUCUGAAGCCAACCUUCCUUAACCACGCAGACCCAUCCCUGGUUAGGACUUGCUGUGGAUUCUCAGGUGACUCCAUCUCAGGAUACAGGGACUGAGAGGGUAUAUGCAAUAUCUCAGACCCAGAAACCGUUGAUUCUGUCUAAAAGCACAGCAAUAACCACAUCCCACCCUCUUGAUUUAAAUGAAAGUGUUUGGGAGAAUAAAAGAUGAACCUUU